AUGAAGUUCUCCGCCGUUACCCUCAUGGCUGCCCUGGCUGCGGCUUCGCCUACCAACAUCCUCAGUGCUCGCAACGAGCUUGCCCGCCGCCAGGCCGCCGAGGCUUGCAAUAUCGGCUACUGCACGGAGAACGGAGGUACCACUGGUGGUGCCGGUGGUGACACCGUCACCGUCAAGUCCGCCGACGAGCUCGUCGCUGCUGCCAAGAAGGAGGGCCCCCUGACCAUCAUCGUCUCCGGUGCCAUCUCCGGCAGCGCUAAGGUCCGUGUCUCCGCUGACAAGACCAUCAUCGGAGAGAAGGGCAGCUCCCUGACUGGCGUCGGUCUGUACAUCCGCCAGGUCAAGAACGUCAUCGUCCGCAACAUGAAGAUCGGCGGUGUCAAGGCCACGAACGGUGAUGCCAUCGGCAUUGACGAGUCAACCAAUGUCUGGGUUGACCACUGCGACCUUUCCGGUGAUCUCUCCGGAGGAAAGGACGAUCUCGACGGUCUCCUCGAUGUUUCCCACGGUGCGGACUGGAUCACCGUCUCCAACGUCUACUUCCACGACCACUGGAAGGGAUCUCUGGUCGGUCACUCUGACUCCAACAGCGGCGAGGACACCGGCAAGCUCCACGUCACCUACGCUAACAACCACUGGUUCAACGUCAACUCCCGCGCUCCCCUCGUCCGCUUCGGUACCGUCCACGUCGUCAACAACUACUACGACAGCUUGAUCCUCACGGGUGUUAACACGCGCAUGGGUGCCCAGGUCCUUGUCCAGAGCUCCGCCUUCAACAAGUGCCCCGCCAAGGCCAUCUUCUUCGCCGACUCCAAGCAGACCGGUUACGCUGUCGCUGAGGAUGUCGACCUCGGCGGCUCUGAGAACUCUGCCCCCAAGGGCACCCUCACCUCCUCCUCGCUGCCCUACAAGAUUGCGGCGCUCGGCUCCAGCAAGGUUGCCGGCACCAUCCCCGGCACCGCUGGUCAGAAGCUGUAA